AGAUGCAUGAUGUAUGGAUUUGGGGAUGACCAGAACCCUUACACAGAAUCAGUGGAUAUUCUCGAGGAUCUGGUAAUAGAGUUCAUCACAGAAAUGACGCACAAGGCCAUGUCAAUUGGGCGGCAGGGUCGUGUACAGGUUGAGGACAUUGUCUUUCUAAUCCGCAAGGACCCCCGGAAGUUUGCCAGAGUUAAGGACCUCCUGACUAUGAAUGAAGAACUGAAGCGGGCCAGAAAGGCCUUUGAUGAGGCAAACUAUGGAUCUUGAUCUUCUGUGCACGCGGCACAGCUUGGGCACCUUCUUCCCAAAAGCAAGGAAUUAGUAUGUAUUUGUUGGAGGUUUUUUUUCCAGGAUGGAGAUCAGUGCUGGGAUGUCUGCCUCGGCUCUCGGCCUUUACAAAGAAGUAUCGAAGCCUUCUAAUUUUAUCUGACUGUAUGUGGUAUACUUAGGUAUUUUUAUACCAUUUUAUAAAACUCAAGAAGUGUGAAAGUGAGCUCUAAAGGUUCUUGUAAUGGUGACAAGUGUGUUUGAAGUAGGACUGUGUUCUAUCAGGUAUCUAGAGGGUUAAUGAGAACUGAUUCUUUCCAACUGUUUCAGUCAUUAUUAGAUGCUCCCUUCGCAGGAGACCUAGAAAAUGGAUCUCGGAGAACUGGACAAACUGUGCCUUCGAGCACAAACCAUUAGAAUUUCUGUUCUCUUCCCUGUCCCUGCUCCAUAUAUGCUCUUUGAGUAAAACAUCUUAAGCUCACGCCAGGCCUCGUAACUAAAAUUCACUGACGAAUUCACACAAGUUGCAUAAUGUGGAUUUCUUAGCACUAACGAUUAAGUAUUCUUAGUCUGGUAGGAAGCUCAUUUUUUCCUUCUGCCUCAGUGGACACAGCUCUCUUGUUCUCAUUUCUCCCUAGGAAAUGGGGAUUCACCUAUCCCAAAUUUACUUGCCCUUAGAUGCUUGCCUUCUCCUUCCCCUCUUAGACGGGUGCUCCACAAUAAAGCUGAGUGCUGCCCUUCAA